AUGGGCAUUCUCACAGUUGUCGAAGAGAGGCCGACGCCGCCAUCGGUCUACAACUGGCGCAUAUACGUCCUAGCAUGCAUCGCCUCUUGCGGAUCUUGCAUGAUUGGUUACACAAGUGCCUUUAUCGGAACAACUGUUGCACUUGACUCGUUCAGAAGGGAGUUUGGUAUCGACAAGCUGUCAACUGCGGAACGAAACUUGAUUAGCGAGAAUAUCGUAUCUCUAUUCGUGGCUGGGGCCUUUUUUGGCGCCUUGCUAACCUACUGUCUCAGCUACUCCAUAGGACGCAAGUGGUGCUUAGCGAUCGGAGCUACCACCUUCUCCUUGGGGGCGGGCCUAACAUGCGGCGCGAGUAGUAAUUUGGGGCUUGGUAUUCUCUACGCUGGACGCGUAUUCUCGGGCUUGGGAACUGGAGUGGCUUCUAACAUCAUUCCCAUCUACAUUUCAGAGUUGUCGCCACCAGCAAUUCGCGGUCGUCUCGUUGGUUUGUACGAAUUGGGUUGGCAGAUAGGCGGAAUGGUCGGUUUCUGGAUCAACUAUGGUGUUCAAGCCCACGUAGCGCCGGGUCAUACGCAAUGGAUGAUACCUUUCGCUGUCCAGUUGAUCCCCUCCGGCCUCCUCCUGCUAGGCUCGAUGUGGAUCCGGGAGUCGCCUCGGUGGCUUUUCCAGAAGGAUCGCCGCAAAGAAGCCAGGGACAACUUGUGCUGGAUUCGUCAACUAGAACCAAGCGAUAUUUAUAUCCAAGAAGAGAUUGCCGCGAUCGACAAGAUCUACGAAACCCAAAAGGCUACAGUUGGAAUCGGCUUCUGGCAGCCUUUCCAAGCUUUGGCUGCUCGGCCAAAGCUGCAAUGGCGAUUGUUCAUAGGCUGUAUGCUGUUCUUCUGGCAAAACGGCAGCGGCAUCAACGCCAUCAAUUAUUAUUCCCCGACUAUCUUCUCGAGUAUCGGCAUUGACCACAACACAGUAAACCUGAUGACUGGCAUAUUCGGUGUUGUCAAGGCCAUUAUGACAUUCGUGUGGCUAUUGUUCCUCGUCGAUCAACUUGGAAGACGAAAACUGUUGCUCAUUGGUGCGGUCACUGGAUCAAUCUGCAUGUGGGUCAUUGGUGCCUAUGUUUGCAUUGUCGAACCGACGAAGAAUCCUCAGGAUCAAUUGAGUGGUAGUGGCUACGCCGCCAUUAUAUUCUUCUAUCUCUGGACGGCAGUCUACACGCCGACAUGGAACGGCACUCCCUGGGUCUUGAACUCAGAAUUCUUCGACCCAAACUUCCGAUCUCUCGCCGGUGGCGCGACAACAGCCAGCAACUGGCUAUUCAACUUUCUCGUUUCAAGAUUUACUGAGCAAAUGUUUGCAGCCAUGGGCUAUGGCGUUUAUUUCUUCUUUGCGGCUUUAUCGUUCCUCGCCUUCUUCUUUGCUUUCUUCCUCAUCCCUGAGACUAGCGGUAUUCCGCUUGAAAAGAUUGAUAGACUGUUUGAGAUCAAGCCAGUUUGGAGGGCAAACGAAACGCUGAUAGCGCAGCUCAUAGAAGAGGAGGAGCAGUUUCGUGCUGAAGCCAAGAAGGAUACUACUCACAAAGAGUAA